CAAAGGGACACAGGUCAGAGUAGAACCUGCGGCUGCUGCGUCAAGGAGUAAACCUCUAUAUAUGGGCGCACGCUCUACUAGGUGAGCUACCCAGGCACCCAGUCAGUUAAAACCAUCACUUCACUGAUUCAUUCCCAAAGUCUCCUCUUGUAAUCCUACCCUCUACCCACCAUGCACUGGGAGGUUUCUAAGGCGACCCUGACAGUCAACAAACAUGGCUGAUGCUGCAAGGAGCUCUCACCAACACGAGCGAUCCUGCUCCCACAUCCCAACAUUCUCAGCCCGACAUCCCAUGAUCCCCAAACUGUAUGUGAUGCCAUGGAAACAGGACAUGAAGAACCAGAGGAUCCUGAUGAAGAACGCAGCUCUGGCAGAGAUCCCCGUGAUUCCUCUUGAGGAGUCCUUGUGUUUUUGUGGUCGGGAGCGUCUCUGCCACAGUCAGGACUCCAGCUCCUCAUUGUCCCCCUCCUCUGCUCAUCUCAGCCAGACAGGACUGACAGCUCAUCACUCCUCCCACUUCUCCAGAUACAACAGCUCUGUGGUGACGACCAGGCGGAUUUACCAACCCUGAAGACAGAUCGCUAAGUGAUUAUGUAAAACACUGUAAAUUAAUCUAAUUAUUCAAGUGGCACAGUUAUCAUUUCAUUAUAACAUCAUCAAAUGUAUCUCAAAAGUACCUUGGUAAAACAACUGUAAACUGGUGACAUCUUGAUGAUGAUAUGGUGCUUCCACCUCACAAAAUCUAUUUUUAACUUUUACAUUGAA